GACCCCCGAGAGAACGUGCGCUGGCGAGAAAAAAAAAACAGAAGUAAACAAUAUUCCCUCAGGAUGGUUUGUUCGAAGAUUUAAAAUCCUUAUCCCCGAUGAACGGAAUGCCGAAUAAAACGACAGAGAAACAGGACAAAAGGCUAUCCGAAGAGCAAGUCGCUGAGUUCCGAGAGGCGUUCUCCUUGUUCGACAAAGAUGGCGGUGGAUCGAUCUCGUCAUCGGAGCUUGCUGCUGUGAUGAGAUCUUUGGGACAAAAUCCAACUGAAGACGAACUGAAGGAAAUGAUAGCUGAUGUAGAUGAAGACGGAAAUGGUGAGAUAGAUUUUGAAGAGUUUCUCCAAAUGAUGUCUAAGAAAAUAACUACAAACGAUACAGAGGAGGAAAUAAGGGAUGCAUUCAGAAUUUUUGACAAGGAUGGAAACGGGCUGAUAAGUGCGCACGAGUUAAGACAAAUUAUGAUGAAUCUUGGCGAGAAACUCACAGAUGAAGAGUUGGAUGAAAUGAUGAGAGAGGCUGACCUUAAUGGAGAUGGACAGAUUGAUUAUGAAGUGUUUAAUUCUGUCUCAUUACACUGUCCUCUUGCCAAUCAGCUUCAAGAAAGGAAACGAAAAUGGGUCGAGCGCCAACUUACAGAGGAACAAAUUAACGAAUUACGCGAAGCGUUUUCGCUCUUCGACAAAGAUGGUAGCGGCACUAUUUCCAAUGAAGAGCUCGAAGUCGUCAUGAAGUCCCUUGGACAAAACCCCACUGAAGACGAACUUCAGGAAAUGAUACGCGAAGUUGAUGUAGACGGAAACGGUGAAGUGGAUUUCGAUGAGUUUCUGUUGAUGAUGAAGAAACAGAUGCAGGCUCGUGACACUGAGAGUGAAAUGCGUGAGGCAUUCAGAGUCUUUGAUAAAAAUGGAGACGGACAGAUAAGUCACUCAGAGCUUCGUAUGGUCAUGACAAGUUUGGGAGAGAAGCUAACUGAGGAAGAAGUCAGUGAAAUGAUGAGAGAAGCGGACCUCAAUGGAGAUGGAUUUAUCAACUUUGAAGAAUUUGUGAUCAUGGUGACUAACAUUGACAAGAACCCAGAAGGACCUCCACAGUACCUACUGGCUACCAAGUAGUUUAUCAGUCUAUCGAACAAGUGUUUCUUCACGUGAUGAUCAGAUUUAGUAUUAAGUUUAUUUAUUCAGUUAUUCAAAGUUAUUUAUUAUUCGUCCGUUAAAGAGUAGACAGAAUGAAACGAUGGAUGUAUAUACCUACAGUGAAAUAGUUGUAAAUAUGUAAAUAUGUAUAUUAUAAAGUAUUCUAAGAAGGACAGCCUGAUCUGUUGAAGGCCAUCUUCUCUUAGUCAUCAAUGAUCAGUAGUUUAAAGUUUCCACCAACUUAUACUUUUAGUAUUUCUUAUGUUAAAGUGGUCUCGGCAAAAUAAAAUAGCCUGCCAACUUGUAGCGUUGACCGUGGAUUGCAUUAUAAUCUACAAUCUUGGCCACCAUCGGGCCUGGUUUCGCUAUACCGAGGGCUCAGGUUUGAACAAUAUCUUCCCUCUGUUUUAAUUCAAUGAGAUCUUCUGAACUAGCCAUGUUGGAUCGGAACUGAUGAAAUUAAAUGAUCUGGCUUAGGUUGCAAUAAUUUCAAAACGUUUAUUUUUAGCAUUUCCUUUUCAGUGUUAUAUUUAUUUCCAGAUGUCAAAAUUAUGUAUAUGAACUAUUUGUUACUCUGAUUUAAAACAAACUCAAUCCUGACUAAUUAAAAAUGCUGUCAAAAAAAAGUCCCUCUGGUAUAUACACCUAAAUGUCAGCCUAAAAUCAAACCAUCAAAAAGGCAAAGUCCAAAACAACAAAUAAAACAAAACAAGUAAAGUGAAA